AUGAGUAACGGUACCUACCUUCAAGUGGCAUCCAUUGUCUCUUUAGUUCUGACAACAUUACUGAUCCUAAAAUUUUGGCUUUUCGCUCUCAUACAAUUGACAUUGAUAAACAAUGAUUUACUUACAUUUAUUAGUUGUAUAUCCUUAGAUUCUCUUCUUCGGAUACAUUUAACCACAGUUGAUUGGUUGAAUGCUUGUGUUGCAAUCGAACGAACUGUAACUCCGAUCAAAGGUGUCAACUUUAACAGGAAGAAGAGUAAAAAUAUGACGAAAUGUAUUAUUCUGAUAAUUUUGUUAAUAAGCAUAUCCACAGCAGUGUAUGAACCAUUUCAUCGACAUCUCAUUGACGAUGAAGAAGAACAACAACAAACUUGUUGCGUUGUCAAAUAUACACCAAUUCUACAAACAGUGGAUAUAAUUGUUAAUUUGGUUCAUUCUCAUCUUCUUUUUCUUGUCAAUCUAAUUUCUGCUAUGAUCAUCAUUGUCAUGUUAGCUCGAAAACGAUCAUUUGCUCGUAAACAAGAAAAGGGCGAAUACUAUGUAUAUGAUCAAUUUUGGCAGAAUAAACAUCUGCUCAUUUCACCUUGUAUUUUAGCGAUUCUGACUUUACCUCGUAUAAUCAUUUCUUUUCUUUCGAGCUGUAUGAAAUCAGUUCGAGAUCCAUGGUUAUUCCUUAUCGAGUACUAUAUCUCGUUCGUUCCACCAAUGCUUAUCUUUCCAGUGUUUGUUUUGCCAUCCAAUGUGUACAAAGAAGAAUUGGCAAUCAUGUUGAAAAAAUGGGCAAAAACACUUCAAGGACGUUAUCUACAUAGAAGACGACAUCUGAAAACAUCAGGUUUUCUUUUGAAAUUAGAAAAUCCACGAAUAUCAUUUUAUUCAGUCAAAUAA